AUGAAAGACCAAAGGGUCACCUUCUCAAGACUGAAUCUGGCCAAGGACACUAAGAGGCAUCAAAGACAACCUAAGGGUGGGAAAAGCUCCAUUUCAGUAACAGAACAGGAAAUAACCCACGAGGAAUUAAACCUUCAAAAUGCUGCCCUGAAUCUCCAGGGGGAAGACAAGCCGUGUUCCCACACAUUCUUACCGUUACCUCCAGACAGGCACCAGCUCACGGCUGAGAUCCUGGGAGUCAUCUGCAUUGUCCUGCUGGCCUCUGUGUUAAAAAUGAUAGCUUUUAGUCCCUGUAAGUUAACACAGAAGCAGAACAAGUCUCUCCCAAAUUGUCAGAAAUCUCAGAAAGGAUAUCCUUGCAGUCAUUGUCCAGAGGACUGGUUCACAUAUUCCAACAAUUGUUAUUACUUUAGUAAGGAAUUCAAAACUUGGAAUGAGAGUUUGGUGGCCUGUGCUUCUAAGAACUCCACUCUGCUUUACAUAGAUAGUGAAGAAGAAAGGAAAUUUCUGAGCUCCUUGUCAUGUCAGUCAUGGAUUGGAGUCUUUCGUUACAGCAGUGGUCAUCCAUGGGUGUCAAUAAAUGGCUCAACUUUCAAACUUCACAUAUCAGAAAUAAAACAUAAGAGCUAUACCUGUGCUGUGCUACGUGAGAUAGACUUCAAUCAGAAGGAUGUGGAUCUUUACAAACAUAUCAUUGUAAGCACAGGUGUUGGAAGUAGAGCACCUGAGUUUGGAGUCGGCCAUGUAAUUAUAUAUUUUUUGAAAUGAAAACAAUAUUAUGAUUGCAUAAGACAAAAUGAAUUGUAAUUUGUUCUAAUAAUGAAAAUAUUUUCACAGUAACAUUUUUAGUGUCAUAUAUACACCACAAAUCACAAUAUAGCAUUCCUUUUGUAUCUGGGUACUUUUGCUCAACAUUGUAUUUAGCAUUUCUAAAAAUUGCAUAUUAUGAGAAUCUGUUCAUAUGAAACUUCAAGAAUAGGCAAUCCUGUACAGACAGAAGAUGGAAUAGUGGUUGUAAAAAACUAAGGGGAGGAAUAGGAUGUGACCACUAAUUACUACAUUUUUUUCUCUUUGGUGUGUUGACAAUUUUCUAAAUUUCAGAGUGGUUUUGGUCAUUACUCUGUGAAUAUACUAAGGUUUACUGAUUUAUACAUUUUAAAUGGGUGAAAUUUAAGCAAUCUACAUGACAUCUCA